AUGACAGCACCAUUCAAUCGAUUCUCCGCCUCUUUUCUAGUCAUUUUUCCCAUUCUUUUUGGUCCUAUUUAUGCAGAGUAAGUGUCAUUUUUGUGAUUAGAACCUCCAAGGGAAUGAGCUUAAAAGAGUCUAAAACGGAAAACAAAUGUGAUUUUUAGGCCUUCAACACUGAUAGAAUGCUACCGUUCUUUCAAAGCCACGUAUCUUAGUUGUGGGUAGAGAUUUCAAAAAGUGGUCAACUGAGAAAAUGUACAAAAUUUCUUAAUGAACAUUGUAUUCGUUGACAACAUUUUGAUAUCUCUACCCGCAGCUGAGAUAGAGCGUUUUCAAUGACCGGCACCCUUCUACUACAGUUUACAUUGACACACAAUCACAUUCAUAAAAUACAGCACAAUUCUGGCAAUCUCGACUUUUUCAGAAACGUAUUCUGCACCUAUUAUCGCGAAGAAAAUCAGAUUACUUGCGGGUGAGUCAUUUCAAGACAAAACGUUACGCUUUUUCUGAGAAUUUCAGAACAGUAACAUGUCCGACGCACAUUCCGCCGAAUGCCGAUCUGGAAAAAGAGGGUCUUGACGUGAAACUGCCGCCCGGCUGGUACCGAAUCGGCACGAUGACGAUUCGGCACGACAAGGGAUGGCUGAAUUUGUACCGGCGACGGGCCAUUGGCCACGGAUACUGGGAUUUCUAUACGAAUAUUCCCGAGCGCAAUUGUGCCGGGUCGGUUUUUCGGUUUUCGCGACAACAAAUUGUGGGUUUUGGUUACAGAACUUUCGGAUUGCACGCCGGAGACAACAUUUCCGGGUCGGUAGCGGUGAAGAGCAAGGAGUGUUUCGAUAAACUCAUUUAUCAGGUAUGCAAAUGCGCUCCGCAACUUUUUCUUGAAUAUUUCGUGCUUUACAUCUUUAUACUCAAUCAAAAUCAACUUUUGCUGACAAGAGAGAGAGAAGAACAUCGACAAUUAUCAAUUUUUCACGUUUCGAGCUGAAACACUGUCGAUUUUCGGCUUCAAACAAUUGUCUUUGCGUUCCCAAUAAUUUUCGACACUGCUUUUAUCUGAAAACUGUUCAAUUUCUCGAAAUUUCGCUCUGAAGUUCAAAUUUGCAGCCAACAGUGCGAUAGAGCGCACUUGCUGACCACGUAUUCUAUUAAUUUUAUUACAGAUCGAGAAAAAGUCGACAAUCGAGAAGAUCGACGUGUACCAGUGUCGCAAGUGCAUUUUCCACAGUUGUUGGCUCGGAAGUCGACUUUUGCCGCGCGCACGCGACUAUUACACAAAUCUCAGAAGUUUAUAA